UGGGUAGAUAUUAUUCUGUUCAUAUAGCUUGCUGUUGUUGGAACAGCCUGCCAUGUGAGAAUAUAGAUGCUCUUAUCUUUUCAUCACCCUUCACCAGAAAGACCAGGUGUUUUCUGAUUGCGUCAUUUGUUGGUGCAACAAACAUGACGGUGCACGUUAAAGCGCCUGACUGUGUUUCUAUGUGGCUCACACAAGCAGGCAUACUGAAGCACUGGGCAUUUCGAUCUGCUAAUACGCUGAGAUUCACCUGCUCCCUGUCCCGAGUCGUGCUCAGCAUGCUUCUGCGCCGGGCGGUUCGAGGCGUGAAGCUCCUUCUGGUCCCGGUGUUGAUCUGCCUGUUCUCAGAGCUGCUCCCCAGGACGGAGGCCGGUAAGAGCUUUGAAGAUGUUCGCUGCAAAUGCAUUUGCCCUCCGUACAGAAACAUAAGCGGCCACAUCUACAACAAGAACGUCUCACAGAAAGACUGUGACUGCCUGCACGUGGUGGAGCCCAUGCCAGUCCCGGGACACGAUGUGGAGGCGUACUGCCUGCUGUGCGAGUGCAAAUAUGAGGAGCGCAGCAGCACCACCAUCAAGGUGACUAUCAUUAUCUACCUGUCUGUGGUGGGCUCCCUGCUGCUCUACAUGGUCUUCCUGCUGCUGGUGGAGCCGCUAAUCCGAAAACAGCAGUCCUACAGCCAGCCGCUGCACAACGAGGAGGAGAACGAGGAUGUGCGCCCCUCCCUGGGCGCGGAGGGGCUGACCCGCUCCAGGUCGAACACGGUGCUGGAGCGCGUGGAGGGGGCUCAGCAGCGCUGGAAGAGGCAGGUGCAGGAGCAGAGGAAGACGGUCUUCGACCGGCACAAGAUGCUCAGCUAGAGAACACGGAACACACCCCCCCAGCGGCGCUCCUUGCACUAGAACCCUCAGCAAACCCUGAGUCCUCCUGUCUUCAGUGCUCUCCUCCAAGCCCAGUUUCAAUACAAGGUACCAGAGUUGUUAUGAGACACCAUCUCUGCUCUAGCACUGUCCAGAAUUAUAUUCUAGAGCUAAACUCCCUUUUUCUCUUCACGGCUGUGAAGCCGUAGAGAAAUGAUUCCUUUUAACAAAAGAUUUGCAGUACCUUGUGAAAUGGAUGUGUUUGUGCUUGAUAUCUCUGGUGUAAGUUCUGUGUAGAACAUCCAUCUAAAGAAUGCAUUUACUGCUCAGCUGUGUUUCCUUAGCUUCAGUAAAUGGUUGAUAGUUAUUGCACGUCAAUAUCAUACACACCUUUUAACUUGCAAGUGAAGUUGCUUUGAUUCCCCCCCCUCCCAUCACUAACUGUUGUUAUUGUUCUAUUACAAUUAUCAUAAAUUGAUUUUAAAUAAUGCUUUGGUAGCUUAAAUG